AUGUCGGCUCAACCAACCAGCUCGCUUGAAGACAGUUUCGUCUCUGUCCACGAAAAGACCACCUCCCAGACAUCCUUCUCCACCUCUACCUCCUCUUCCUUCCACCAAGAACACCACCACACCCACAGCCACCAGGAACAAAUCCUUGACGAAAAGUCGGUCGUGGAGGAGAAGGACGACCCAACGAUCCCGCGUCGUAUGAAGCUCUCGGCUCGACGAACCGACCUCCUACCGACCCUCCGGACGCGCCUCUCUCAAGCAACCUUCCCGGACCAGAUCGAAGCCGCCGGAUGGAGUUAUGGAACCGAGACGGGUCUGUUGAAGUCGUUGACCCAGGAGUGGUUGCACAACUAUGAUUGGGAAAAGGAGCUGAACCACCUCAACCAGGAUUAUGACCAUUGGACUUGUCGGAUCAAUGGGUUGGAUAUUCAUUAUGUCCGACAUGAUCCUUGGACCGAAAAAGUCAAGGAUCCCGUUACGGGACAGGAGACUGGGGAGGAGGGGCCGUGGGCGGCCCCGACAGAGAAGAAAUUCGGAACAAAGGCUAUGGCCAAGACGUUGCACGAGCUGAUGCAGCACCUCGGGUACAAGUACUACCUGGCCCAAGGCGGAGACUGGGGCGCCAUCAUCUCACGAACUAUCGCAACCCUCUACCCUGACAACUGUCUCGCCAUCCAUAUCAACAUGCUGCCCUGCCUCCCACCACGCCCUUGGUCAAGCCCUUUCCAAUUCGUCAAAGCCAUCACCGGCUUCGCCCUCCCCUCGGUCGUCUACAAGAACAACCCACGCGAACAGGCUUCCAUCGCAGGGUUGAAACUCUAUGCUGCUGAAGAAGGCGCUUACUUCUUCUUACAGUCGACCAAACCCCAGACGUUGGGUCAUGCCUUGCAGGAUUCUCCUGUCGGCCUGUUGUCGUGGUUGACGGAGAAGUAUCUCGGUUGGGCGGAUCUGGACCCUACCCAGCCCGAGACAUGGCCAUUCUCGAAGACAGAGCUGCUGACGCAGAUUAUGAUCUAUCAUUCGACAGAGACGAUUACAUCGUCGACGAGGAUAUACUAUGAGACGUAUCAUAACAAGGAUGUGCAGUGGAUGCUUCGUCGUCCUGUUCCUGCGAGUGUCCCGGUCGGUGUUGGUGUUUGGAACAAGGAGCUCUUCAUGGUUCCCAAAGCCUGGGCCGAUGAUUACAUGAACAUUAUCUCGUGGCACGAGUUCCACAAGGGAGGCCACUUUGCGGCGUUCGAGAGGCCUGUCGAGUACGAGAAGGAGGUGACGGAGUACUUUACGAAGGAGCAGGUCCUGGAUGCCUUCACCGCCAAGCGCUACGGCUUCAAGAUCUGA